AUGGCGCUUCAUACUUCUUUGUGCUCGCUGGAGCUCAUGCUGGUGGUGCAUGACACGGUAUCUUGUGAAAGGCAAAUGUGCUCAGACCCGACCCACACAGUGCAGGAGAGACUGGAAUGGAAGUUCAGAGCAUGCAGUCGUGCAGCCAAGGUUCCCAGCUGGAGCCUGGAAAGGCUCAGGACUUUGACCACGACCCUCAACGACAUCAGAGACCCCUGCGAGCUGAUGAACCAGGGCAUCCUGGCCCUGGUGACCUCCACCGGCUGCCCGUCGGCCAGCGCCCUGCAGUCCCUGACGGACGCCAUGCACAUCCCGCACCUGUACAUCCAGAGGAACAGCGAGGGAUCCCCCCGAACCGCCUGCAAGUUCAACCCCAGCCCCGGGGGGCAGCGCUACACGCUGGCCGCCCGGCCGCCGGUGCGCCUCAACGACGUCAUGCUGACGCUGGUGGAGGAGCUGCGCUGGCAGAAGUUCAUCGUGUUCUACGACAUCGAGUACGAUAUCCGCGGCCUGCAGGGCUUCCUGGACCAGACGUCCCGCCAGGGCGUGGACGUGGCGCUGCAGCGCGUGGACAGGAACAUCAGCAAGGUCUUCACCAACCUGUUCACCACCAUGAGGACGGAGGAGCUGAACCGCUACCGGGACACGCUGCGCAGAGCCAUCCUGCUGCUCAGCCCCCACGGAGCGCACACCUUCAUCCAGCAGGCGGUGGAAACAAACCUGGCGUCCAAAGACAGUCACUGGGUGUUUGUGAACGAGGAGAUCAGCGACUCAGAGAUCCUGGAGCUGACCCACAGUGCACUGGGGCGCAUGACGGUGAUCCGGCAGAUCUUCCCCAUGUGGAAGGACAGCAGCACGCGGUGCAUACGGCAGAACCACCGGAUCUCCUCGCUGCUCUGCGACCCGCAGGAAGGAUACCUGCAGAACCUGGAGUAUCAGAUCCGAGCUGACAUUUUCAUCAGCGAAUCUGCAUCAGUCCGUGAAGGGUCUUUCCAGGACUUGGCGAGGCAGAUCGACGUGGACUACGGCACGGUGAGGGAUUCUGCCGUGUACGACUUCUUCAGGAACAAGGGCACCAACCCCCUGGAGCAGGACAACACCUACGCCGAGCUGUGGAGGACCAUGAGCAAGAGCAACGGCAUGGACUACUCCGUGUCCAGCCCGUCGGAGGGCAUACGCAAGGCCAAGAAGAGUCCGUACGCCUUCCUGUGGGACAUGGCGGUGCUGGAGUACGCGGCGCUGACGGACGACGACUGCACCAUCGCCGUGUCGGGGAACGGCAUGAGCAGCAAGGGCUACGGCAUCGCCAUGCAGCACGGCAGCCCCUACAGAGACCUCUUCUCCCAGAAGAUCCUGGAGCUGCAGGAGAAAGGGGACCUGGACAUCAUGAAGCAGAAGUGGUGGCCCCGCACGGGCCGCUGCGACCUCCGGAGCCACACGGGCGCCCACCCCGACGGCCGCUCCCUCAAGCUGCACAGCUUCGCCGGCAUCUUCUGCAUCCUGGCCGCCGGCCUGCUGCUGGCCUGCCUGGUGGCCGGGCUGGAGGCGUGGUGGAACAGCAACCGCUGCCGCCAGGAGCAGCCCAAAGAGGUCACUAAGGAUUACAGACUGGCAAGGGUUUCUGGUCCAUUGACAUAUAAUGACAUUACAACUGCUUCAUCGGAGGGGAGGAGGGACAUUUGGACAGACAGAGAGAGAGGCUGGGAUGAAGCAGAAGCUAUUGAUACAGGACAAGGAGGUGAACCUGGAACAGGUGCAUCGUCGUAUGAACAGUCUUUUGGACGAGGACUUGGUCCACAAGCAGAUCCCCGGCCCCUCUAUCGAGAUCUCUGCGCUGGACAUCGGCAGCAUGCAGCCCAGCCAGGCCUCUCUGGGUCCGGGGCCGGAGUCUGUGCGGGACUACCCGCCCUCGGGCCUCGCUGUGACCACCUUCCUGCCCGGGGAGGGCCCGCCGCCGCCUCCUCUUCCCCACCCUCACCAUGGGGGGACCCUAGGCAGGACGCUGCCGCCGUCCCAGGGUCAUGGCAGCACCACGCUGCUACCGCACCACCCGCUCAGCAGCACCAGCCUCAGCGGCACCAUGCAGUGCAAACACAGGGCCCCCAACGGGGGGCUCUUCCGGCAGAGCCCUGGCAAGACCCCCAUGCCAAUGUCCUACCAGGCAGUCUCCGGAGGACCCAUACCCGAAGCCAUUGAGGGCA